AAGUGAUAUAGUGGUAGUCAAAAACGAUAUUAAAGUGAAAUAGUCAACUGUAACCUGAAAGACUGUGAAAUAAUCUAAAAAUGGCGACCGCGUCACAUUUAGGCAUCGAAAGCCUCGAAGGCCUCCACAGCGUGACGAUCAGGCAGAAACUGACUGCUGUUUUCUCGAACAACGAGUACGUGGUGCUGGCGCCAGAUGGCGCUGUCAUUCUGUACGCCAAGGAGAACUCCCGCGCACUCAACCGGCUGUUCGUCGGGAAGGACCGCUCUUUUGAAAUUAACAUUUAUGACACACAGGAUAAAGAAGUGGUCCGUCUCCGCCGUCCGUACACGUUCGGCCCCGACAAAAUGGACGUAACCUCGUGUGGCAGCCUCAUCAGCGUUGUACGACAGGAGGUCACCGUCUUCAAACCAGUCCUCAACAUCAAUGAUGCCAAUGAUCGACCUAUGCUGAGGGUCAAGGGUCCUAUGGCUACUUUUGGAGAUGCUGACUUCAAAUUAUACGACACAAAGAAGCAGCAAGUGGGCGUCAUCGCCAAGCGCUGCGACGGCCUGAUGCGGAAAGACUAC